UGGGUGAUGGCUGCCUGACAUUUCACAAUUGUUAAUUUCGUUAGACUGUGGUCUAACGGUCACGUUAUUCGUUCCCAUAAAUGAAAGGAUAAUAUUCACAUCGUUUGUUCGUAUGAACGAGACAACGUCAGAGAGCGUUUUUGCAAUCCGGCAGAUAUAUGCACGAAAGGACACGCAGCAACUUUCGGCAAAAUGAUCAAAACAGGAGAGGAUAACCUAAAACAUCCCCACUAUCAGCAAACAGUAGAAUUUAGUGGCCAGGAGGACCAACAUUCGGUCGGAUUAUACAGUGCCAACGUCACCGUUAUUCCUUCACCCGGGGGGCACAAUCAUGGGAGUUCCAAGGUGACACUAAAAAACAUCGUUGAUUUUACGUGGGAACACAAUUUUUAUUCCGGCCAAUUAUUGGCGGUUCAUAUGUCCGGAAAAUAUUUAGCUUAUGGAAUAAAAGUUAGUAAUGGAGGAGGUAUGGUCAGAGUUGUAUACAAAGAAUUAGAGCAAAGAACACUGUUAAGAGGAAUGCGUGCCGCGAUACAGGAUCUGGCUUUUGCGCACGUUGCAAAUGCGAUUUUAGCAUGCGUCGACUACUUGGGAAAUCUUUUUAUACAUACCAUUGAAUCGACACCGUCUGAACUGCAAUGUAGUUUAUUGCUACAAGUAAUUGCGGAGGACAUAUCUGCCACCAGUCACCGUGUAAUAUGGUGCCCGUAUAUCCCGGAGGAUGUACCGUCCGACGGAGACGAAGUUUCGAAACUUUUAGUUUUAACUCGUGGUUCGAAAGCAGAGUUGUGGUCAGUUAAUACCAUUACAUCAAGAUUCAGAUCAAUAGAGGCAACUGAUCCAGCUGCAAAGGAAAAUGGAGGCAUGUUGGAAAUUGAUCAACAUUCUGAUACAAUCGUUGAAGCAACUUUUAGUCCCGAUGGCACGGCUUUGGCUACAGCAAGCUUUGACGGAGAAGUGAAAUUCUUCCAAGUUUACUUGCAUGGUAAUUCUCAUGGCAAUCAAGCUCAGCCGCGCUGUUUACAUCAAUGGAGGCCGCACGGAGGACGACCUAUCUCGUGUUUAUUCUUCUUAGAUGACCAUAAAACGUACCAUCCCGAUGUACAAUUUUGGAGAUUUGCCAUAACUGGAUGUAACAAUAAUACGGAAUUAAAAGUCUGGUCGUGCGAAUUGUGGACUUGUUUGCAAACCAUUAAAUUUGCGCCAACACCUUCUACCAGCAAACUACCAAUAUUAAAAGCAGGUUUAGAUCUUAGUGCUGGGUAUCUUUUGUUAUCAGAUAUAUACGAUAAAGUUUUGUAUAUAUUAAGUCUUACAAAAGAUAGCGGAGAAGCGUUAGCAUCCGUAACCACAAUAUCAGAGUUCCUCCUGCCAUAUCCGAUACUAAGCUUUGGAAUCGUUGACGCUGGUCUGUGCAAAGUACGUUCUACCGGCGAAUCAUUAGAAGACUUGUGCCCUUACGAAGAAGAAACCGAAGAACAAGUUUUAAUUAUCCGGAUGUAUUUAGUACAACCAAAGUCUCUGCAAGAGUGUCAUAUUGCUUUUAAACCUGCCUCGCGAGUGAUUGGCAACAGUCUCAGGGAUUCAUUGACUCGCGAUUCAUUGGACUAUAGCGAAGACUUACAAAAUAUGGAGACCGUUAAUCAGAAUGGAAUCUCUGAAGAAAAUUGCGAAGAGGAACAUUCGUUGUCCGCCAAGAUUGACGCAGCAACGAACCAUAACACCGGAUUAAAUUUAAUGACACCGGAUGCUUUCAGUUCACCCGCCAAGAAAGAAAAUAGCGAACUCGAUUCUCCUCCCGGUAGUCCAGAAUUGGAUAAAGUGCUAUCUGCUAGUCCCUUCCUUGCACAAACUGUACAAGCUCUAAAUGCAACAGAUCCGCCAUUGGUUGUUAGCGAACUGGAAGAACAAGCACCUGCUAGCAGUGGUAGUAGUCCAUCCAGGGAAGUCAGAGAAAUCAUGUCUCUCACAAAACCGGAUGAAGAACCUGAAACUGAGAAUAAGCCAGAAGCUACUAACGCUGUCGGUGAAGAUUGGCCUAAUAUUCCGAUGGGUUUAUUAAAAGACGUUAGCAGACACGCGAUGCAAGAAGCUGAAGGAUACACGAGCGAAGAUGAAAAGAAAAAGAAAUUAAAAGACGAGACAAAAUCGACGACGCACACCACGGGAGAUACAGAAAGUAGUUGGCAAACGGCGAACGAGUUAAAAACACUCGAAUUAAUAAAUAAAGUAGAAUCGGUUUUGGAAAUAAUUCAAGACCAACGAGAAGAAAUAAGAGAAGUACUGAGAGAAGAAUUAUCGCAAGUAGACUUUGCUAUAUCGAGAUAUUUCGAAGAGCAAAACGCAAUAUUAGAUCAAACAUUAUACGAAGAAAUGUCGCGGCAAUAUGUAUUCCGCAACAAUCUCGGAACAACGAUCAAAGAACAAAUCGAAACGGUACUGCCGGGCCUCGUCAAAGACACAAUAGAGCCGCUGAAGCAGCAACUUAAUUUAGACUCUACCCGAAUGGACGAACUUUUAAAAGAAAAUUUAACAGAACUGAUCAAUAGCACUCACGUAAAAGAUACGCUCGCAUUGGCAGCGGCAAAUGGAGUGAAACCGGCAUUAGAUGUGGCAUUUAAAGAAGCCUUCACGAACGUUCUUUUACCGGGAAUGGAGCAAGCGUGUCAAACAAUGUUCAGACAAGUACAAGAUGCCUUUGUUAAGGGUACUCACGAAUAUCUUCAAAAUGUAGAUGUAAUUACAAGCAAGCAAUACCAACAACGAAACGAACAACAAAGCGAAGCGUUGUCUGCGCUAAUCUGCGAGGAAUUACAAACCGAAUUGAACAGAUGUUUAACUGCUCUGCAGGAAGAAACGAUACGUACAAUUCACGAUUCCGUCAGAGAUAAUUUAAACCAACAACUUACUGAGAUUACGAAUGCGCGUUCGCGAGCAACUACUCCUGCUAUACCAGUACCUGGAGUUGCCGAUGUUCAAGCACGGGUUAUGUCUCUUCUUCAAAGAGGGCAUUUAAACGCUGCAUUUCAGCAAGCUCUAAGUGCAAGUGAUUUAGGUUUGGUAGUAUUAGUUUGUGAAAAGACAGAACCCGCAAGAGUAUUUUCCCGCGCUAUGGGACCCCAGGGCCAAAGUACAAGAUGUAUUUUACCACAACCCGUAAUUCUUUCACUUGUACAACAGUUAUCUGCAGACUUAGAACAUCGUACAGACCUGAAACAUAGGUGGCUCGAGGAGGCAAUAUUAAACUUGGAUCCUAAUGAUCCCGUGACGCGAGAGCAUAUGGGUACAGUGUUAACUACCUUACAAAAUCAAUUGGCUGCGUUUGUAGCAACUAAUUCAAAUAGCAUUUCUACCCGACGUAUGAGAAUGUUAGCUAUGGCUGCGCGCGCACUUCUAAAUCAACAUCCUUAAUGUCAAAUACGUCUGAAGUAGAAAGGACUCCUUGAUAAAAUAACUUCAGGUUUUAUACGUUUCGUUUAAAAAAUACUUUAAUCCGAGAAAAACAUCCGCACUUGUCGUAUUUAAGACUGGCAGACGUUUACAUAGUUUGUGAAAGAAAUAUUAUAUGAAUUUAUUAUCGGCAGUUUUAUCCAAUUUAUCAAAACCUA